CGUUGGUCACAAUCAGAGCGAUGGUCAUCAGCGAUGUCGGUGGCGUCGGCCGCGGCGGCGUGCACAUGGUCUUCAGCACGAGCUGCUUGCAGCCGCACCGCUUCUUGCUCUCGUCGUCGCUGCAGCUGUCGGCAGCUCGCGUUGGCCACGACGGUGCGCUCUCCGAGGCCAUUGCCGGGUGCUCGCUGGCGCAGCAAGCGGCCAUCGAGGCCGAGCCGACCUUCUUUGCCCACUACACCCGCGUCUUUACCCGCGCGUUCUCGCCCCACCCACAACCCGAUGUCACCGACGAGUACGACCCUUACAACAAGCCGUUCGCGCUGCGAGCCUUUCUACAGACGCUGCCGCCAACCAUUGCCACAGUCAUUGCGCUCGUCGACGCCGACUAUGUGUUGCUGCGUCCAUGGAGCGACGUGCACAAGGUCGUCGACGGCCACGCUCUUGCGCAGGACUGGAGCGUCUACUUGGACGAUGCGCCACGCACGGCGCUCCGGCAACGCCUCUGUCGCAGCCAGGCGUGCAAGCAAACGGUGCAGCAGCCCCCGUUCGUGGGCCUUGGCCCGCCCUACCUCUUUACACUCUCUGAUGGCUUGCGCUUCGUCGACGACUAUUGCGAGCUGGUGGUGCGUGGCCGGGCACUGGAGAAGCACGACUGGAUGCUCGAGAUGGUAGCUUAUGAAGUCGCAGUCGCCAACGCAAAUGUGCACCACGAGAAGCGCCAGGACCUUGGCGUGACCGACCCGCACCUGCCGCUAACGUCCGAGCACUGGGCCUUUCUAAGCGAUUCAGAGGAAGAUCCAUGCAUCGACCCGAUCGAGAUUGCAUGGCCAAAGGCGCCGCCGACGGGGCUGCACUAUUGCCAAGUGUAUGGCCCUCAGCCAGCGUUUUAUAAGUACGAUGUGCCCGAAGACAUUGUCGAGUGCAACAGCAUGUUCCUCGCGCUGCCAGCGACGACGACGCCAGCGACGACGACGCCAGCGCACGACCGUGUCGCCCGCCAUGAGAACUGGGUCGCCUGCAGCCUGCUCAAGUGGAUCAACUACGCGCUGCUUCAAAUCAAGACGCGCACGUGUCGACGCGGCUUCAACACCUUUCGCGGUCUCAUUCUUACCAACAUGACGGGCGACGGGACCGCAUACCCCCAGCGGUCCACCCAAGAGUGACUUUGCUUGAAUAGACUAAGUAUAGCACUUGUACAUUGUUUAGUAAUCUAGUCGUCGAUCUUUUGGCUAAAAUACACACUGGAUGCAGCACUG